UCUACCACAGACGUUGGACCAAAAUAAAUACCAUCCGGCGGAGUCCCGAUCCCGAUUGGAAUACACAGAGAUUAGGAUCAGCUGCCAGUUAUGUAGAUCUACGCCGUUAUGUCUGGAACAUCGACCUCUGAACGCUCCAACUCCGAAGACAGCCCGUCGAAUCCCUGCCUAACGGAGGUGCUCAGGAAUUGUGCCAAUAUCCAGUCGCUGGAGAGCUUGAACUACGAAUAUAACGACGUUCUGCUGACCGAAUCCAACGAGGGGAAGAUGAUUACGCCGAAUCCGUACUCCUUUAGCGGCAACAUUUCCAUCAGCAGUGGUCCAAGUGAAGAUGUUUCAUUUACGGAAAGCAUCCUGGAGGACAACGGAUGCAUUUCGCUGGCCUAUGAGAACCUGAAGACAAUUCCGCGGCGACUGGCCGACAAAUUCGCAGCGCAGACCAAGUUUCUCGAUUUGAGUCACAAUGAUUUCCGAAAUCUGCGAUUUCUCUCCUUUUUCGAGGAUCUGGACACUUUAAUCCUGGACCGCAACGUAAACCUGGACAUAAACACUUUUCCCUACUUGCCGAGCUUAAGGAUCCUGUGGAUCAACAAUUGCGAUAUAGCAAAUAUAACCGACUGGAUACACCGCAUCGAACGGCAGUGUCCUGCGCUGGAUCAGCUCUCUUGCAUGGGAAAUCCUGGCAUCCGCACAGUUUUCGGGGGCCAAGGACCCCGCGAGUAUAUACUACAGGUGCUUCCCCAGCUAAAAUAUCUCGAUGGGCUUCCGACCAGCAGGAGUGAAGUUCAUGCGACGCUGUCUUCCUCACAAGGACAGGGUCCAGACUCCACCAGCAAUUCGGAGAAGCCUCCACCCGCAUCCGCACUCACUUUCAAGGACAUAUUUCGGCCAAAGCAUUCCAGAAAAUCGCACAGCGGACGGAUGUACGGCAACGGCUCCUCCACAAAUUGAAGUAAUAUUCCGAAGGAGGGAGGGGUAUUCCACUUAUUGCAUUCUGUCCCAUUGUUGGACUAUUUUUAACCGUCCGCUGGAUUAUCAGCGCUGCCCUCGCUGCCCUGCAGUCGUCGAUUGCACCUACAGUGCUAUGCAAGUAAAUAUGCAUAUGGUUAUUUCCAUGUACGUAUAUAAAUUUGCAAUCGUAUGGCGAUGGACACGCACAAGCCUAGUGAGAAUUAAUCUAGUGCAUUAAAGCAAUUUUUACAAUAAUAAGAGUCAAUGACCUCAGCGAAUAGUCAAGUAAACAAACGUAUACCAUAGGCACCAUCUUCAGAAUAAAUGUUCUUCGUCUUAUUCUGAAUGUCGUUCAGUGCCCGAUUAAUUUUUCGGAUGUAAACACAUGGGCACGAGUUGAUAUUGUUUAAAAACUUGAGGCCAGCCAAAAGAUAAAAAAUACUCGUUGAGCUCCUUGAUGGCCUCCAGGCGACGACCACGGGCCUUGAGGAUGGCGAUCUUGCGCUUCCUGGGCGCGGCAUUUGUCUCGUCCUUAGCAAUGAUUGCGUCCAGGACCUCGUCGGCCUCAUCGUACUGCUCCAGAGCCUCGUAGCGCAUCGCUUUGAACUUCAUCACGCGCAGGCUGCCCGGGAACUCAAGGGCCAACUGCUUGGUGCACUCGGUGGCGAUGUCAAAGCGAGCCGUAUCCAACGCCGCGAUGAUCACCUGCUCCAGGAUGAGAUGCCGUUCGUUGCCGGUCUUGUGAACCUUGUCCUCCAGCACAGCUACCCACAGCUGGACCACCUCCUCGCUGUGGCGACCCGUCUCCUCACGCCACGUUCUGAAUUGAUCCCGCACAUCUGGAAGGAUGAUCAUACGAUUAUGAUAUGGCACUUUUCAUUCAUGGCCUUAUUUUUUGGGUCCACGGAAAACCGGACGAUUGGGAGCAACCCACUGACGUGGUCUGCACCCGUUUGGAGCCUGGAAAGGCUUAAAACUCACCCGUCCAGCUCAUCUUCUCAUAAUCUAGCGACAUAUUCACUUAGGCGGUCUCAAAUAUCUCAUCAAUUUAACUUAAUUUUCUAAUUGCAAUCUUUAACUGGCGAUUUCCUUCCUGGCAAAAUAAAAGUGUGGCAGCGUAA